CUAUUUAGAAUGCACAUUCAGUUAGCAAUGUUUAUCCUUUGCACUGCUGUCAUAGAUCAGCUAUAUUCGAUGCGCUUUUUUGAAGCCCCAAUCUUUAAGACCAAAGUAAGUAAAUAUAAGUUGCGUACUAAGCUGGUUUCCCCAACUCCUCCACAAAACUAUUGCCGCAAAGGUCUAUGUCCAGCGAAUGUGAAACACAUCGCAUGUGACAAUCCAUUUUGGGGAUCACAUUGUGAAAAGCCCCGAGCAGGUGUCAACGUGGAAAAAAUCAAGACAGACAUCAUCGACGUUCAUAAUAACAUACGUGAGAAUAUGUCGAAAGUCAGUUGGCAAAAUCUGCCCAUAGCUAAGGGCUUGCCCAAGGUGAAAUGGAACCAAGAUCUUUCCGUUCUGGCGAUGAGGAUCACAAACUAUUGCAACAAUGCAACUGGCAUGGACUGUGUAAAUACACCACGUUUUCUGCAUGUAGGUCGGUCUUCAACGGAUUGGCAAAUUCCUCCUGAGAACAGUAAUAUGAAACCAGAGGAUUUUCUAAUUUUGGCAAUUAAAUAUAUAGGUGGCAACUUCCUUAGGGUAAAUGCGAGUUUUGUUGAGAGUUUUCCAUCGGAUGCCUCGAAUUUUGAUUAUGCAUUCGCAAAUAUAAUUAAUCAAAGAGCGAACGAAGUGGGAUGCGGCAUGAUGACACGAAAACCCGGUAGGUUACCAUGGUACUAUAUCACCUGUUUAUAUGACACGGAAGUGAAGCCUGGCCAAAAAUUGUAUGAUUUUUAAAGUUUAAUUUGAUUAACUACUUCACGACAAAAAUAAAAUGUUUGUUACCUCAAAUAAAUAUAAGUUCUCUG